UUCCAUUCAUUUCUUAUCAUCGUCCCAAAGUCGAACCCCCAACAAACAACCAGCCACGCUGUAGAAAAACCGAUCUAGCUAGAGCUCCUUCUUCCUCAAGAGAACUGAACUGGCUCCUUCAACUGCAGCAUCGCAGCAGCGAGAUAUGGAAUCCUCUUCUUCUUCUACUGCAUCGCCGCAUGUUGCUCUUCCGACAGGGGAGUACGAGGUUUUCAUGAGCUUCAGAGGCCCCGACGUUCGCAACACGUUUGCCGAUCAUCUCUACAGGUCGUUAACGCGUGCCAAGAUUCGCACGUUCAUGGACGAGGAAGAGCUCCGGAAGGGGGAAGGGAUCGCUCCUUCACUAGUCCGGGCCAUCCCGGAAUCGAAGAUCUACAUAGCUAUUUUGUCCGAGCGGUACGCUUCCAGCAAAUGGUGCCUUCUAGAACUGGCUCAAAUGGUGGAGUGCUGGAAGCAAAGGAAGGGACAUCUCAUCCUCCCCAUUUUCUACUUGGUUAGCCCGAGAGAUGUGCGACAUCAGGAGGGUCUUUAUCAGCAAGCCUUUGAACACCACGCCCACAAACACAGCCCACAAACAGUGAAGGAAUGGAAGGAAGCACUUCGAGAGGUCGGGCAAAUGAAAGGAUGGCACGUUACAGAAUCCCGCGGCGAGGGAGCCAUUGUUGACGAGGUUCUUUCCAGAGUUAAAUCACAUCUGAGGAGCAUGUACACAUUAGUGACCGACGAGCUGGUGGGGAUCGAUACUCCCAUGGAAGAAGUGAUGAAGUUGUUGAAUUUAGAGUCAUCCAAAGAGAGAGUUAUCGUUGGCAUUCACGGCAUGGGUGGUCUAGGUAAGACCACUUUAUCCAAAGCUGUAUACAACGAGAUUUGUGCUCAAUUUGAUCGUUGUUGUUAUCUCGAAGAUGCACGAGAAGCUUUAGCAAAGAGUGAUGGAGUUGUAUCUCUACAGAAUAAGGUCAUCUCUACCAUAUUGGAAGGUGAUUAUCAUGUUCAAAAUGCUAGCGAAGGAAUCAACAUGAUUAAAAAUAGGGUUUGCAAACACAAAUUGCUUCUUGUUGUUGACGAUAUAGAUGACAAGUUCGAAUUUAAUAAGAUUCUAGGAAAAUUAGGUGAUUUUUCCUCGGGUAGUAGAUUUAUAUUGACAACUAGAUAUACGAGGAUUUUAGAUUUUAUUUCAGAUUGCAGAUUGUAUGAACCACGAGAACUGAGUCGUGAUCUUUCCCUACAACUUUUUAGCAAACAUGCUUUUGGGAUGAACAAUCCUCCAGAGGAAGAUGCAGGUAUAUCUAAGGAAUUUGUAAAAGUUGCUACUGGACUUCCUUUAGCUCUCAAGGUGAUAGGAUCACUUUUGUAUCGUAGAAAGAGGAAAUUUUGGGAAGAAAAGUUGAAAGAAUUACAAAGCAUACCUUCUUCCGAAAAUAUGUUGCAGGAGAGAUUGAAGGUUAGCUACACGGACUUGUCGCACAAUGAAAAACAAAUAUUUCUUGACAUUGCAUGUUUCUUUGCCGGUAGCCACAAAGAUAUACCUUACUACAUGUGGAGUGGUUGUGAUUUUUAUCCAGAAAGUGGGAUCACUAAUCUUAUCCACAGAUCUUUGCUAAAACUUGAUGAGAGAAACCAAUUUUGGAUGCACGAUCUCAUCAAAGAUCUUGGGAGAGCCAUUGUUAGAGAAGAUGUUCGAAAUCCAUACAAUCGUAGCCGGAUAUGGUCUACCGACGAUGCCCUCGACAUGUUAAGAAUCGAAGAGGGGAGUGAACGGGUGGAAGUUGUUCGGAUAGAUGUGAAAUUUAGCGAUGAUCAUGACAGGCUGCUGACAAGUAAGAAAUUUGAGAAAUUAUCAGGGUUAAGAUAUUUGGAGGUGCGAUAUGGACUCAUGAUGGGGGAUUUCAGCCAGAUUCUUCCAAAUCUAUGUUGCCUUCGAUUGUAUAACUGUCGAUCUAUCCCAACUAACGUUAACACGAAACAAUUGUCGGUACUUGAUUUGGAGGGUUCCAGUGUGAUGGAUGACUGGAAGGGCUGGAGUGGAAUAAAGGCAACGUCAAAGCUGAAAGCUAUAAAUAUAGCGAACUGCCUGCUGACAAAAUCUCCCGACUUGUCGACAUGCACAAGCCUCGAGUACAUAAAUUUCAUGGGAUCUUUCACAGUGGACGGACAGUUCAGCAUCGGCAAAUUCAAGAAUCUGGAAACGCUGAUACUCAAAGGAAUCGACAUAACAACGUUGAUCAUUGGGGGUGGUGGCAUUGGAAAGCUUCGACGAUUGGAGGAGAUGCAGUUGAUGGGGACCAACUUGGAGAUUCCCAGGCUUCCGGCGAGUUUGAAGAGGUUAUCCAUCUCGUAUUCUUCGAGGGUCCCGAAUCUUGCUGAGCUCAAGGAGCUGGAAUCCCUGAGCUACCUGUGGGCUGAUAAUCCUUGGAUCCCAGGAGACUUAUGGCGGCUUCCCAAUUUGAAGGAAUUGACACUGAGGCACUCCCGUUUCGAUGGGCCACUGCUGCAGGAUGAUCAGGACCCUGCUCUGCCCACAUCUUUAACCCGCCUUCUUGUCGAGAGCUGCCCGCAGUUGAACGAACUCCCCAGCCUAGUGAAUCUGUGCAAUCUGACCCGACUCGUGCUCUCGGGUAUCGGGGUUUCAGAGAUCCGGGGACUGGGAGAGCUGAGGGCGCUGGAGACUAUGGAACUAUGUAGACUUGAGAAUCUGAACAAUCUCAACGGACUUGAGAAUCUGCUUCUCCUCAAGACCUUGACCUUGAGAAACGCCCCGCUGGAGAGACUGCCGAGUUUAGCGAAUUUGACCAAGCUGAAGGAUCUGGAGGUCUGGGACUGUUCGAAUCUCGUCGAGAUACAAGGACUGGGCGGCAUUGGGAGGGAGUCUUUAUCCCGUCUGAAAAUCGGCAGAUGUCCCAACCUGGCAGACUCGGACGGACUUCAACUUCUGGUAGCACUGGAGGAAUUGCUUUUGUACCAACAGUCUCUGAAACAGUUGAACAUCCGCAGGUGGCGGGAGUUGCUGGAGGUUAAAGGGCUGGAGGGAUUGGUGUCGUUAGAAAGGCUUACCAUGGAGGGCUGCACUUCCAUCCAACAGCUGCCGGACCUGUCCGAGCUCAGGAAUCUCAAGGAACUGCACCUCAGUGAUUGCCAAAGCUUGAUUCAUCUCGCGGGGAUCGAGAGAUUGGAAUCGUUGCAGCGGCUGCUGCUGCCUCGGUGUCGUUCGAUUACCAAGCUGCCAAACUUAUCCGGCCUCAGGAAUUUGGAGACUUUGGACCUCCAGAGGUGCGUAGAGUUGACCGAGGUCGAGGGGGUCGAGGGAUUAGAGUCGUUGAGGUGGCUGCUGCUGUCGGAGUGUCGUUCUGUUACAAAGCUGACCAACUUAUCCGGCCUCAAGAAUUUGGAGACUUUGCAUCUUUCGGAAUGUGUGAACCUGACCGAAGUCGAAGGGGUCGAGGGGCUGGAGUCGUUAACAAGGCUGCAACUGUAUAAUUGCAGGUCGAUAACGGAGUUGGGAAAUCUGUCUGGUCUAGAGAAGUUGGAGGAGCUUAAUAUCAUGGGGUGCACGAAGUUGAUGGAGGUCAAUGGACUUGACGAGCUGGAGAAGUUAAGGUACCUGGACAUGGGGAGAAGGAUGAGAGUGAAGUAUUUGGCCAAAUCUGCUGCUAUAUAUUGCUUGAGACUAGCUGGCGCUGCACCAGUCGUUGGUCGCUUAGUAUCGUGGGGUGCACGAAGUUGA